CCUUCACUUUUCUAGUAUAAAUACUAGAAGGUUGGGACAUAUCAUGUAUCUUCAAACCCUUAGGAGAGAUGGCUAGGAAGAAGGUUAAGCUUCAGUGGAUUGUGGAUAAUGCUGCUCGUAAGGCCACAUAUAAGAAGAGAGUGAAGGGUCUUAUGAAAAAAGUAAGAGAUCUCAGCAUUUUGUGCGGCGUUGAUGCGUGUGUAAUCACGUACAGCCCAUACCAUCCAGAGCCCCAAGUUUGGCCUUCCCCGAUUGAGGUCGAACAAGUCAUUGCUGCGUUUAGGAGCCGGCCGGAGAAUGACCAAACCAAGAAGGUCAUGAACCAAGAAAAUUUCACCUGGCAGAGGAUAUUCAAAGCGAGGGAUGAAGUGGUGAAGCAGCAGAUGAAGAACAGAAAAAAGGAGAUCGAAAACCUAAGGAUCCAGUGCUUGGGUGGUAGGCUGCUGGAGGGUUUAGAGAGUAAAGACCUCCCAGAUUUAACGUGGGCCAUUGACAAUCAGUUGGAGGCAGUGAAGAACAGGACGGUUCUCGAUCCCUGGCCCCAAGUAGCAGCUGACACGAGGGGCAGUGCUAAUAAUACUGGUACUGGUAUUGGAAAUGUUCCUGCUGUGGGUGCUUUUGCUAGUAUUGAUGGUGUUUCUCAUGUUGGUUCUGCCUCGGGUGUUCCUCUUUCUGUUAUUGGUGCUGUUGGUGGUACCAAUGCCGCUGCUGCGCAGACAAGUUUCGAUCUUGCCAUUGACGCUCUAAACAAUCCUCUAAUUAGAGAACAAAACCAAAACCAAAACAUGGGCAAUGCAUUGGGAGAUCCACUGGACUAUGACGUCUAUGAUUUCUGGCGCAAUCCCUACAUUCUCUGAAACUUUCUUGGUUGUGGUUUCAGGUGGCGAGUCAAGCAGGCAGGCCUGGAUCAGCCAUGGAGUGCUUCUUCUCUUGUUUCAAUUCAUAUUUGACCUAUCUGUUUGAUUGAAACUCUCCAAAAUAAUAAGAAUAAGGUC